AUGGCGACCAGCGGCGAUCGCGGGGAGGGGUGGCUGGUGGGAGCCAUCGACCAGGGCACGACGAGCACGCGCUUCUUCCUUUACGAUGAGCAUUUACGAGUUGUCGCGUCGCACCAAAUGGAAUUCGAGCAGAUUCAACCUCAAGCGGGCUGGGUGGAGCACGACCCCAUGCUGAUUCUCUCCACGGUCCGCCAGUGCAUGGAGGGAGCCAUGGCAGCAGCGCGGAGCAAGGGUGUGCACGUGGGGCCGGACUCAGUCAAGGCGGUGGGGCUGACCAAUCAGAGAGAGACAACUGUCGUGUGGCGCAGGAGCACGGGCGAGCCUCUCUACAACGCCAUAGUGUGGAUGGACGUGCGCACGAGUGCUGUGUGCCAGCGGUUGGAGCAGCAGCUUUCAGGCGGUCGGGACGAGUGGAGGGGGGUGACGGGGCUGCCACUCAGCACCUACUUCAGCGCCCUCAAGCUGACGUGGCUUCUGGAGGAGGUGCCAGCUGUCAGGCAGGCAGUGGAGGAAGGCGAUGCGCUGUUUGGCACCAUUGACACGUGGCUCAUCUGGAACCUGACAGGUGGCGCUCUUAGAAUGUGGUGCCCGCCACGUGACGGACAGCAGCAAUGCCUCGCGCACACUGCUCAUGGACCUCAGUCCCUUACCCUCCCCUCUCCCCCCCUUCUUCUUCACACCAUCCCUUCACUCACCCCCCCUACAGGCGGUGCCCGCCACGUGACAGACAGCAGCAACGCCUCCCGCACGCUGCUCAUGGACCUCAGGGCGCUGCAGUGGAGCCAACCCAUUCUCGACGCUCUGAACAUUCCCAGAAGCAUCCUCCCCAGCAUCAUUUCCAGCGCUGGUGAGUGGGCUGCUGGAGCACAUCGCUCCUGUAGCCUGGCACUGGCAGGGGUGCCGCUGUCGGGCUGUCUGGGCGACCAGCACGCCGCCAUGCUGGGGCAGCGGUGCUCUCAGGGACAGGCCAAGGCGACCUUCGGCACAGGGUGCUUCAUGCUGCUCAACACAGGACCGCAGGUGUGCACAUCUCAGCACGGCCUGCUCAGUACAGUGGCUUUCCAACUGGGGAGAAAGGAAGAGGGAAGAGGAAGGGAAGUCAGAGGGGAGGCAGGCGGAGUGGGCAGCAGAAGCGGGGCAGAUGCAGCAGAAUGUGCAGAAGAAGCCAACAGUCGCAUGGGCAGAAGUGCAAGUGGCGGCAGUGGUGGCAGCAGCAGUGGCGGCAGCAGCAGUGGUGGCAGUGGCACGUGCUACUAUGCAUUGGAGGGCAGCAUAGCCAUAGCAGGGGCAGCGGUGCAGUGGCUGAGGGACAACCUUGGGAUCAUCUCCAGCACCAAGGACGUGGAGGCCCUUGCUGCCUCGGUGCCCCACACGGGGGGAGUCUACUUUGUGCCUGCCUUCAGUGGGCUGUUUGCACCUCGAUGGAGAGAGGACGCGAGGGGAGUGAUAGUGGGUCUGUCCCGCUUCACUACAAGAGCACACAUUGCACGGGCAGUGCUGGAAGCAAUCGCAUGGCAGACUCGGGAGGUGCUAGAUGCAAUGCGGUCUGAUGCGGUGCACUCAGGAGCAGCAGGAGUUGGGAGCGCUGGCAGCAGCAGUGACACCAACAGGGAAGGAAGCGGCGGCAGCAGCGGGGAGGGCAGCAAGGAGCAGUUUGUGUUGAGGGUGGAUGGAGGGGCGUCAGUCAACAACCUGCUCAUGCAGUUGCAGGCUGACUUUCUCGAAUGCCCGGUGCAGCGGCCAGCAGACAUCGAGACAACAGCGCUGGGUGCAGCACUCGCCGCAGGCAUAGGAGUCGGGCUGUGGAGCGAAGACGAGGUUCUUGGGGGGGCGGUUGGUGGGGAUGAGAAAAGUGCAGAGGGGGGGGCACCAGAUGGUGGGAGAGGAGUGGUGUUUCUACCGUUGAUUACGUCGGAAGCAAGGGAGCAGAGGUUUGCGUCGUGGUGCAAAGCGGUGGAGCGGUCGCUUGGACUCUCUGAUCUCGUAUGA